GUCUUCUCUUCCCGCUAAAGCAGAGGUCUCACUACCCACCCUCGCGGCUCUUCCCUCUGCAGCUUUCCAUCGCUGGUCAUUAUAUCUUGACCUUACGGUCCGACCUCAUAAUGUUCUCUCGUGCUGUUCGCCCGGCCGUCAGGGCCGGUAGUGCUGUUGUCACCCGCACUGCUCCUCCCAAUGCCGCCAACUUCGCGACUCUGCGUGAAAUCGAGGGCCGUCUUAAGUCCAUCAAGAACAUUGAAAAGAUCACCAACACCAUGAAGGUCAUUGCUUCUACCCGUCUUACCCGCGCUCAGAAGGCCAUGGAUGAGUCUCGCACCUACGGUGAGACCUCCAACACCGUUUUCGAGAAGGCCGAGACCAAGCCCCUCGAAGACAAGAAGACUUUGCUCGUCGUCGCCAGCUCCGACAAGGGUCUUUGUGGUGGUAUCCACUCCGGUCUGAGCAAGGCUACCCGUCGUAUCCUCCUGGAACACACCGACGCCGACAUCGUGGUUCUUGGUGAGAAGGCCAAGGCUCAGCUCUCCAGAACCAACCCCAACGCUCUCGUCCUGAGCUUCGCCAACGUCUGCAAGGACAUUCCCACCUUUGCUGAUGCCCAGGCCGUUGCCGACCAGAUUGCUCUGCUGCCCGCCGACUACGCCAGCGUUAAGAUCAUCUACAACAAGUGGAUCAACGCCCAGAGCUACGAGCCCGCCACUGUUGAGGCUUACUCCGAGGAGGCCAUCACCAAGUCCGCCAACAUCUCCUCCUUCGAGAUUGACGACCAGGCUCUUGCCAACCUCCGUGAAUAUGCUCUUGCCAACAGCCUGUUCUGGGCUAUGGCUGAAGGCCACGCUUGUGAGAUUUCUGCCCGUCGUAAUGCAAUGGAGAACGCCUCGAAGAACGCUGGUGAGAUGAUCAACAAGUUCCAGAUUCUGUACAACCGUCAGCGUCAAGCCGCCAUUACCGGUGAACUGGUUGAAAUUAUUACUGGUGCCACCGCCAGUGCUGACAUGUAGAAGCUUUUAUGAUGCUUCAGUGGGAAGGAGUCGACAUGUGUGUAGACUUACUCUUAAAUACCUAGCUAGAUUUUUAUCAGCCUGUAAAUCAGUCUAUCCAUCUUUCUUUUGUCUCGUUUUCCCCCCUGGCCAAGUAUUGUAACUUUUUCUUAUUGCUCUUGUUUUUAUCAUUUUUCUUCCCCCUCGUUCGUUGCCUAUUAUCGUUUUACCGCCUCGGAUAUUGCUGUUUCAGAGAAUUCACCGUUUCUUGUACAAGACGGUGCUUUUCUGAGACUGGGCACAUGAUAUUCCCCUGGUCUGAGACUGGCAACCACCGUGACAACAAACAAUGUGAAUCAAACGGAAAGUGCACUACUUGUCUUACAUGCAAACAGUGACUCUUAUGUUUCACUCCAACUAAGCCACAGACUUCCCAUUCAGCUUUCCCAGUCUACUCGAAUGGAGUCG